AUGAGUGAUCCAAAUACUAUUGUGCUGAUGAGCUUUAUUGAAAUUAGAAUAGUAGUAAUAGUAAUAGUAAUAAUACUGGUGAAAGAUGAUGACAAGGCCGGAGAAGUAAAUGAAGAAGAAGAUCAAAAUGUAGAUUUUGAUGACGACAAUAAAAUGUUAACAUUAGAAAUGAUGAAAAAAGAAUUAGAUUAUUUUAAUAUUGAGAUAAGCAUAAUGAAAUUCAUUUAA